UUUUUCUUCUCCCUCCACUUCCAUUAUCCCACCCAGUUCCACUUGCAUCCAAGUAGCAUGGUAGUAGAGCCAACUCACACCCAGUCCCAUUACUUCCUCCUUACCCGCCUCCCACGACCACCGGCUCCCUCUCUCCACCUCCGACCACCACCGUUCCCAUGGCCGAUCAAUCCCCACCGCCACCGCCUCCGCCAAAUCCAGAGGCCAAGGCCUACGAGUUGACAGCAUGCUCCAUCUUCUACGCCAAGCCUACCUCUUCUUCACUCAAACACCUGUUGAAAACAUGCAGGCCGGCACCGCCGCCGACGUACAUCCUCCGCGACGUCUCCUUCACCGCACGGCCCGGCGAGAUCUUGGCCAUCGUGGGGCCCAGCGGCGCCGGCAAGUCCACCCUUCUCGACAUUCUCGCCGCCCGCACCGCCCCCACCAGCGGCCGCCUCCUCGUGAACUCUGCCCCACUCCACCCCCCGAGCUUCCGCCGCCUCUCGGCCCACGUCCCGCAGCACGACGCCUCCCUCCCCCUCCUCACCGUUUCCGAGACCUUCGCCUUCGCCGCCCGCCUCCUACUUCCGGACCCUUCCGCCGUCCCCGCUGCAGUAGCGGCCCUCCUCGCGGACCUCCGCCUCUCCCACCUCGGUUCCACCCGCCUCUCCGGUGCCCUUUCCGGUGGCGAGCGCCGCCGCAUCUCCAUUGGCCUCUCCCUCCUCCGCGACCCCGGCGUCCUGCUCCUUGACGAGCCCACCUCCGGCCUCGACAGCGCUAACGCCCUCCUCGUCCUCCAGUCGCUCCGUUCCGUCGCCGCCUCCCGCUCCACCACGGUUGUCCUCUCCAUCCACCAGCCCAGCUGCCGCCUGCUCUCCGCCCUCGACUCCCUCCUCCUCCUCUCCAAGGGCUCUGUCCUCCACCACGGCACCCUCUCCUCCCUCGACAGCUUCCUCCUCGACUCCAAUUUCUCCGUUCCCCCUCCUCUCAACCCCCUCGAGUACGCCUUGGAAGUCCUCCACCAACUCCCCCAUCCCACCACCGCUGCUCCUCUCUCUAACUCUUACUCUGACGAAAGGAAAGCCGCCGCCGCCACCAAGAUUGAAGAGAUCCCUUACACAAGCUCUCGGGCUCGCGAAAUUCUCGCUCUUUACAACCGCUUCUUGAAGAUCAUCUACCGGACCAAACAGCUUCUUCUGACCAACACCCUCGAAGCUCUCGGUGUCGGACUUCUUCUGGGAAGCAUCUACAUUCACGUCGGCUACGACGAGGAGGGCGUGCACAAGCGGCUGGGCUUCUUCGCCUUCACCCUCACCUUCCUCCUCUCCUCCACCACCGAGACCCUCCCCAUCUUCGUGGUGGAGCGGCCCAUCCUCCUCCGCGAGACCUCCUCGGGGCUCUACCGCCUCUCCUCCCACCUCGCCGCCAACACCCUCGUCUUCCUCCCCUACCUCCUGGCCAUCGCGCUCCUCUACUGCGUCGCCGUCUACUUCCUCGUCGGCCUCUGCGCCUCCUGGACCGCCUUCGCCUGCUUCGUCCUCAUCGUCUGGGCCGUGGUGCUCACCGCCAACUCCUUCGUCCUGCUCAUGAGCUCUCUUGCACCGAACUACAUCGCCGGGACGUCGCUGGUGACCAUCUCUUUAGCUGGUUUUUUCCUCUUCUCGGGUUACUUCAUAGCGAAGGAGAGCAUGCCCGAGUACUGGCUGUUCGUGCACUACCUGUCGCCGUAUAAGUACUCGCUGGACGCGCUGCUGGCCAACGAGUUUGGAUGCGCGGACGGAGGGCGGUGCUUCGGGUGGGGAGAGGGAGGGGAGUGCGCGGUGACGGGGAGGGACGUCCUGGAGAGAAGGGGGCUGAGGAAGGGGCAGAGGUGGGCCAACCUCUGGGUUCUCUUCGGCUUCUUUGUCUCCUACCGCUCGCUCUACUGGAUCGUCCUCACCAGGAGGGCCUCCAGAGCCAGGAAAUGAUCGUAAUUCGUAAGCUAAUGCGGAUGGAGGAGGGAUCGGCCGCUGAUGCAAUAAAAGCCAGGGUGUUGUGUGUCCAUUGCUUAUAAUUAUUAAGUUGCUUCUUUUUAUUUUCAGCUCUUCCGGAUGUCCUGACGGAGAUCGAGCUCCCCUUUAGGGUUUUUCUUUUGUUACUUUUACUUUUAUAGUACUGUUCAUGAAAUGUAGUUUAUAAUUUGAA